CUCUCUCUCCCAGCCACCGGAGGGGGGAUCACAUUUGGCCUCCUCAGAAAAAAUAAGAUCAUCUCUUAACCCAUCUCUCUCCUACACUUGUUGCUCUGAGAGAUCUUGACUCACCACUUUUCCACCCUCCUCUCUCUGUCUCUCUCUCUCUCUCUCUCUCUUUCACUUUGCUUCCUCCUCCUAAAUUCAACUCUUCGUCGCUUCAUAUCUGUUUUCCACGGUUCUGCACUGCCCAUGUCUGUCCCGAUAUCACUGGGGCCGAUGCGGUCGAACGCAAAGAGCUCGCUGAAUGGGAGCGUCGACCACAGCCUCGUGGGCGAGGAGAGCCAGGAGGCUCCACCCAUGCAGAGUUACCUCUUUCUGACCAUCUUGACCUGCUUCUGCCCUGCGUAUCCGGUCAAUAUCGUGGCCCUGGUCUUCUCCGUGCUGUCGAGAAACAGCUACUACCAGGGGGACUACGAGGGUUCGCGGCGGCUCGGGCGCAAGGCCCUCCACGUGGCCAUCGCCUCCAUCGUCAUCGGCCUCCUGAUCGUCAUCAUCUUCUGCAUCGUGCACUUCACCACGAUGGACUUCUAGGGGAGGGAUUUUUUUGUCGGGGGCUGCAGGGAUUUUCAGAGCGGGGACGUUGAACGAAUGAGCCAAGCGCACGCUGACAAACGUUUCGCGAGGGGUGUGUUUCUCAUCGGCGCUCCGAGAACUGGAAAUAAACUCGGUUCCGGCUCCGUUGUGGUGGAACGACCCCCCCCCC